AAGACCAUUAGGUGAUGCCGUUGACGCGGAACGGGCGGUUCCCUCCUUGACAAGCUACCAUCACGAUGUCUACUGUAGCCGAAGCCUCAAGCUCAAAAGCUAGUGCUCCUCUCGGCAAGGUGAAAGAUGACCAGGACAUCGAGAAAUUACUCUCAAGGGAAGCGUCAGCUUUUCAGCGGGAAUUAGAGGUGGAACGGAUUUUGAAAGCGUUCAAGCUCAAUCCGUAUGAUAUCUUAGAUAUAGAUGAGUCCAGUACUCAGGAAGACGUGAAGAGGAAGUAUCGACAAAUAUCUCUAUUUAUUCACCCAGACAAGACUCCCCAUGAACGAGCUCCAGAAGCGUUCGACCUCCUCAAGAAGGCCGAAUCUGAACUCUCCGAAACGACAAAGCGGGAAGAGCUUGAUGCUGUAAUCAAUCAAGCCCGUAUCAUGGUCCUGAAAGCUCUUUCCCUCCCAUCGUCAACACAAGCAGAUAGUCCCCAGCUCAAGGACCUUGAACCUUCCUUCAAAGUCCGUUUACGAGCUCAGAGCAAAGAACUACUCAUCGACGAAGAACUCCGACGGAGAAAAGCAAUCAAGAUGAACUUAGCAAACGAAGGUUUAGAGGCCCGCAAGAAGGACGAGGAAGUCGCCUCCAGAAAACGGAAAGCUGAGGACGAAAAACAAUGGGAAGAGGGUCGUGAGCAACGCGUGGACAGCUGGCGAAGCUUCGCAAGCACCAAGAAGAAGAAGAAGGCCAAGACCGUCAUCUUAGGAUGAAGAUAUUAUUGUUGUAUUUCUCCUUUCUCCGCUGGAUCUUAUUCAGGGUGCAAAUUCCAUCACAACCUCGCGUGUUAACCGUUGUUUGUGAUUUCUCCUGUCUUCUCACUUUCUCUGAUUGAUUACAAUAGGUCUUGUCCGCUUCCCGUGAGAUGUGCAUAGCGUUUCAAUUAAUGACAUAGUGUUUAUGACAACCCGAGAUCGACUCAAGAACGUCCUUGCUAUACCCGUCAGGAUUUUGUUACAUGCGUAUGCAUUUGUUUUAAACAGAGUGCAGAUCAAAACUUAAUGGCUGGCAACGGAUCACACAACUGGAGUACGUGCUGAGGGCUGAGGGCUUGACUUUAGGCCAAUUUUAGGUGUUGAUCGUUGAAUCGUUGAUCGUUCGCCUGCAGAUGUAAUUGACAUAUCGUACGGCGUAAUAGAGCAACAAUUCGAGUCUCACCAUCGAUCCCGC